AUGACGGACAGGAAGGAGCUUGUGGCUGUGGAACAUCAUCUGGUGCCUACCCUUGGCAGUAACGGUGUCUACACGGCUGCCGGCUCCCAGGCCCUCUUCGAUACGGCCGGCGCCUCAUGGUGCGGUGCAGGAUGCGGCAAGUGCUACAACUUGACAUCAACUGGCAAUCCUCCUUGCACCGGCUGUGGCACCGGAGGGGCCGCUGGGGAGAGUAUCAUCGUGAUGGUCACAAAUCUCUGCCCCUAUAAUGGCAACCAGCAAUGGUGUCCUCAGGUGGGUGCCACAAACAACUAUGGCUACAGCUACCACUUUGAUAUCAUGGCCCAGAGUGAAGUUUUUGGCGACAAUGUGGUAGUCAACUUUGAGCCAAUUGCCUGUCCUGGCCAGGCCACCUCCGAUUGGGAGACCUGUGUCUGUUACGGCAAGACAGCGACCGAUGAGACUCCAGUGGGCAUGACGCCAGGAGGCAGCAACCCUUCUCCUCCGACAUCGACAACCACCACCGAGACAACCACCACGAUCACCACUAGUGGAGCAACUCAGACCCUGUACGGACAGUGUGGUGGCAGUGGUUGGACUGGUCCUACUGCCUGUGCUUCGGGCGCCACGUGUAAGGUGUUGAAUUCUUAUUACUCCCAGUGUCUCUCGUAG